AUGGCGGUGGGCAGAGUCACACAGCAUAGGCAGACGUGGUGCUGCCUGUCCUCCCUUUCCCCCGUCUUCCCUCCCCAUCCAUCCUUCCCUUCCUCUGUUCCUCUCUUCCUCCAUACGUCCCUUCCUCCAUUUCUCUGUCCCUCUUUUCCCCUGGUUGUCCUUCUGUUUAAUGAGCAGGAAAAAACAGAGUGCAGGGGAGACAUUGAGCAGGGGGGAAUAGAGGAGGGGGGAAUAGAGGAGGGGGGAAUAGAGGAGGGGGGAAUAGAGCAGGGGGGAAUAGAGGAGGGGGGAGUAGAGCAGGGGGGAACAGAGCAGGGGGGAAUAGAGGAGGGGGGAAUAGAGCAGGGGGGAAUAGAGCAGGAGGGGAUAGAGGAGGGGGGAAUAGAGCAGGGGGGUGUUGAGCAGGGGGGAACAGAGCAGGGGGGAAUAGAACAGGGGGGAAUAUAG